GCGUCGCGAUCCCUAGCCGGCGAGCGGCUUUUCUCGAGCUGCUGCACGGCCGGGCUGUGUACGAUCCUUGCCAGUUUCUCCAAUGUCUCCUCUGUGAGCCUGCCUGACAGCCUCGUCGGCGCCCCUUCGGUGCAGGAGGUUGUGGGCCCAGAGGCGAGCCAAUUCUUGGAGCAGAACUACGAGCUCAUGCUGCGCACCUCGACGGACUUUUUGGAGCGACAGGAGUCGCUGCCCUCUAUAACUCCCUAUUGGGACCCUGUGCUUUCUCGCAGCCGCCGCAAGUUUCUGCGGCUGAUGCGGGCGCUUCUGCGGGUUGGACUGGUCACGCUUUUGCCAGCUGGUUCGGCGCAGGAGCACGUCGGUAUGUUCUUUGUGAAGAAGGGCUCCGGGAUAUGUCACUACAUCUACGUUGACAAUCUGGGUGUUCUCUCUUGUGAUCCCUCUCAUACCUCGUCCAUCCUGUCCGACGCGGCGGCUCGUUUCGAGAGCGUUGGGCUCGUGACCCACGAGCACGAGGUGAGUGCCACUUCGUCGAAGGCCCUGGGGACCCACAUAGACCUCGAGGGCCUUAGAGUUUCUCUUGCGCCCGCUCGACUGUGGAAGGUACGCCAGGGUGUUCUGUAUGCCUUGUCGUGUCGGAAGCUGUCUGGACGUGUCUGGGAAGUGCUGCUGGGCCACCUCACCUUCUGCGCGCUGAUCAAUCGUAGCAUGAUGAGUGUCUUCAGGAGUAUCUAUGCCUUCAUAAAUAAGUACUACGCUACCCCUAUGCCGCUGUGGGACACCGCUAGGCAGGAGAUGCUGACCGCUGCCUCCCUCCUGUUCCUGAUGGAUGCCUCGUGGGCGCUGCCCUGGCCCCCUGGUGUCGUGGCCACGGACGCUUCGGAGGAGGGGUUCGGGGCCACCGUCUCAGAGUGGGACCCUCAGGACGUCUCGGAGGUGGGGAGGAUCCUGGAGAGGGGCCGCUUUCGGAAGCUUCCUGGAGUUUCUGCCCGGUCGAGGUUUUUCGGGAGUCUUGAGGAGCUUGGAUCUGAGGCGGACGGGGGGGAGUUCGACAGGCCGUACGAGGUGGACUCUAGCUUCCCGGAGGUCCCCCACAAGCUGCUCACGCAAGCCCACUGGAGUACCCUUCUGGCGGGCCCCUGGAAGUACUUCGACGAGGGCAUUUUCACCUUGGAGGCUAGGGCCCUGGUCCUGGGAUUUCAGGCGCUGGUGAGCGAGUACCAAGUCAGGAACCUGGUGACGUUCACGCCGGCGCCCGCGACUGGCAGGGCGACCCGGACCCGCCGUCUGGCGUCCGGGGACGGGCUGGUGGCGAAGCUGGAGCAGGCCCCGAAGGAGAAGGAGCAACGGACGCUCGACGAGUUGAGCGACGGAGAGGUGACAGACAGGGACGACGAGAGCGACGCGACCUCCGACACCGUGAAGGUUCAAGUGCGGCCGGCUCGCCGAGUGCGAGUCUUGGCGGCCCCGCGGGUCGGGCGAGCGCGCCAGCCGGUGGAGGCGAAGCGGCUGCAGGGGCUGGGUCUUCUGCCGCUGGAGUCGAGCGCGGUUCAGUGGAAGACGGAGACCGACUACUACGACGCGGUGAACGCCUGGCGGGCUCGAGCCCGCGAGCUGGGCGAGCCUCUCGGCGUGGCUGCCGAGGUGGACGCGUCGGUGGUGCGGCAGCUGCAAGAGCUUUUCGACCAAGGCGAGAACCUCAGCAAGGGCGAGAAGCUCGUGGCCGGGCUGGAGCACUUCCUGCCCGAGUUCGGGCGGCAUGGAGGCCUUCAUCUUUCCCGGUGCUACCGGGCUCUGAAAGGCUGGAGACGCCGCUGCCCGCCACGAUCGCGCCGCCCCCUGGCCUUCAGCAUCUGGGCAGCCAUCAUCUGGGAGCUGUGCCGCGCGAACUUCUGGAACAUGGGGGUGUACACGCUGUUCAUGCUGGUGACCUACAUGCGGCCCUCGGAGCCCCUGAAGCUGCUGAAGGAGGACCUCCUCGCCCCGGCGCAUGGGCUCUCUGCCUCGUGGAUCUGCUUCGCCUUCCGGCAGGGGCGGGGAGCGGCGUCCAAGACGUACGCGACGGACGAGAGCAUCGACCUGAGCUGCAGGUGGGUGCCCUACCUGACGACGGUGGUUGCUGCGCUGCGAGCAGGCGACCCCAAGGCCAAGGUCUUCAACUUCAAGUGCAGCAGCUACACGCGCCAGUUCAAGAUCGCCUGCAAGAAGCUGGGGCUAACGGCCGUGCCUUAUCAGGCAAGGCACUCAGGCGCCUCCAUCGACGCCGCCAUGAAGUAUCGCACCCGGGCCGAGAUCAAGAGCAGGGGACGGUGGAAGGCGGGCAAGUCGGUGCUGAGGUACGACAGCAAGGCCAAGAUUGUCGAGAGCGUCGACAAGCUGAGCGCCUCGUUGGCGUCUCACGUGCACAGGUGCGAGCUCCAGCUCGGGCCCCUUUUGUGCGGCCAGAUCGACCCCUCGGCCAUCGCACCGCCCGUCAUCCCGAGCUCG